AUGAAACGCGAGGUCCUUCCGCCUAGGCCCGUAUCGCGGGGACCGCUGCGCAAGAGUGCGCGUCGCAGGGGAUGGGUACGUCGGCGUUCCGCGCAUGCCCCAUCGUACCUCGAUGUCGCGAUACAGACGGUCUGGGUCUACGUGCGAGCGAUAUGGCGCAUGCUGGUACAGUGGCCGCUGGAGCAAUGUUACCGCGUGACGUACGCCGUGUUUUUAUCACCUACGUCGCAUAGAAUCGUACUGCGCAUGUUCAUGCUGUGUGCCUUGCAUUUCACGUGCAUGGGACUAGCCUUACUGGCGUUUGGUGCAUUUUACUAUGCGUGGGUGCCCAAGGUGGCCCUGUCCAAGGACGUGUGGCUGCAGUAUGGCGAGGGCGCUCCUUGGGCCGAUGUGCGCCUGGACGCGACACCAUCCGAUGCACUCGUAUGGCAGAAGGAAGCGCGCCAGCCGAUGUUCGACGUCGACCUGCCGUACGACGUGUCUCUCGAUUUACGGAUUCCCGUCAACCGCGUGAAUGUGGACAUGGGCAAUUUCAUGGUCGACAUGUCUCUCCGCACGCAUGAUGGCACCGUGCUGUAUGAGUCACACAGGCCUGUGCUCCUAGUUCCAGAUCCUCUAUUCCUGCGCUGGACGUCACGCAUGUCGCGCAUGUUGUGGAAGCCGGUGCUCAGCGAGCCUGUGGCCCCGACUCAAUUGGUGCGUGUGCCGCUGCUACGACGCAUCGUGCCUCAUGCAUCACCUAUCGACAGUGGCCCUGCCACAUUUCGACAGAAAGGAUACCUGGUCUCGCAAGCGCACGUCCGCAUCGGGCUCACGACGCAUCAAAAUGUCAUCUUGCCCGAUCAGCCGCUCCCUUUGGCGCUGCAUCCCAGUGUGGUCCAAAUUGAGCAUGCGACGCUGCGAUUUGAAGCAUACCUGUCAGGCGCCGCCUAUCUUUUAUACGCCUAUCCGGUUUUUUCGCUGGCCUCCUUUCUCGUGGUGUUUUCGUCGAUCGAGUUUGGCGUGGCUGUCACGAUAUGGCUCGUGUCGUGCGCCUACUUUUCGUGGAUCGCCUAG